AGCUACUCACACUUGACGCCCUAUGCGAACUAUUACUACCCGUACCCGACUAAACAAUUGGAAAAUUGUUUCCAUCUAAUCAUUCAUAUUCUUCCUUCCUUAUUAUACUUACUUGCUAGCUUCUGAUCCUUCUGCUAGUAGAUCUACGUGGUAGUCCUGCUACGCGACGACCCACAUUUCUUCUAUAAACAGGCGAGCUUUUAUUUGUUGCAAAAGCAAAAAGCUUGUUUGCAUCAGUAUCAGAUUUACCUUUUUUUUAUCUAGAAGCCAGCAAUUCCAAUUCUGCACCCUUUGAAAUAAUUCUGACAUCGUUUGUGCGUACUGUCAACGGUGAUGUGAAGCACCGUUGUAAUUGCAUUUUUGAACAAAUAUCCAACUACCUUUUGAGACGCCUCAACGCGAUAGCACGACACCAUGUUGUUGAUCCCUUAUUUUCGGUUUCUGUUCGUCUUCUUGGCGACAGGGUUGUUUUCCACUUGCGUGGAAGCCCAGAAGCAAGCGUACGACAAGGGCCGGUCGGCGCUGCGAUCGGCGAACCACGAAAAGUUCAAGCGGGUGGUGGUAGCAUACGAGAAACCGGGGCUGACACGGGCAGAAAUCGAGCAGAUUCGCACCGAAAAUCGCGGGAUCAAGGCGAUUAAGGUGCUGCCGAAAACCCGGACCAUCGUGGCGCUAUGCGAGUCCUUCCAGGACCAGGAGAGGGCCAUCGAGCAGUUUUACGCCUUUGGGGCAGUGAAAGCAGCCAUGAAAGACGUGCUGGUGCGGAGUACCGGGGCGAAGGUAGUAAAAAUGAUAUUGAUGAUGUUAUUGCGUAUAUCAUAUGAUUUGUGCAAAUGAAACGAGCAGGGGCACACGACUAAAAUCUUCGCACGCAGCGCUACCACUUCACAUUCACUUUCUCCCUUAUUUGUGGCAGAUUCGAUUCCGCCCACCUGUGUCUUGUACGAUCAUUCGGUAAAACAAAAAAAAAACUACUCACCAUCCACUUACAGCGUCUCCGCGGUGUUGCUCUGGAAGAGAAAACCAAGCGUCUGCUGUACGAGCAGCGGUUUCCCAGCGACCCGUAUUUCGACCAGCAGUGGUCACUGCACUCCUCCAACGACCGGGAUACCGACGCGCCGGAGGGGUGGGGCCUGUACCAGAGCGAAAACAACGGGAAUUUCGGCACCGCGGGCGAUCCGGUGGUGGUCGCGGUGAUCGACACGGGCAUUGAUUACACCCACGUUGAUUUAGCUACCAGAAUGUGGCGGAACCCACGGGAGAUCCCGGGGAACGGCAUUGACGACGACGGGAACGGGUAUGUCGACGACAUUUAUGGGGUUGACAUGUUCAACAACGAUGGGGAUCCCAUGGACGACGAGUCUCACGGGACUCAUUGCGCCGGUAUGAAGAAAAUUUUUUGCGUCUUUGUAGCUAUGGUGUGGUUGCUCUUGCGUCUACAUUUGGGGCUCUUUCAGUCAACAAACAAUUCUUUUUUAGGCAGAAAAAAAUUGCUUAAGAAGAUAAGACGUUCUCAGCACUGCUGAAGCUUAAGAAGAAAGGGGCGUGCACGCUCCGGCCUUCAGUUUGCUCCGCCUUUAUCUUUUUGAAAUCGCUUUACUAUAAUCCUCCUUUUUGCUUGCUUCCUGUUCCCCGGGCCCAACUGGCACCAAGCAGGUUUUUUCUCUCCUAGGGUUAGGCUUAGUUAGGCCGCCACCGCCGCCGGCACGGGAUGGCUGCCGACGCGACCGUCUCACCUUCGAUCCAGCCACCACCCUCAUCUGCUGCUCAAGAUCGAUCCAGAAAGGGUUUAGUUUAGGUUUCAGGGUUUAGGAAGCAAUUUUAGGCAGAAAAAAAUUAUAUGACGUCACUACCUAGUAUGACUACGUAUCGUUUUUGAUCCACCUCGUUCAUGUUUUUACACGAGCACUCUGCAUAUGGUGAGAGCAUGAAAUCCAAAUUGCAAUUUUUUUUUCAGGUAUCAUCGGUGCCAAGGCUUCGAACGACCGCGGGAUUGCCGGCGUCGCGGCCUUUGCUUCCAACGUGCAACUCAUGGGUAUCAAGUUCCUGGAUUUUGAGGGCUACGGAACGCUUUCCGACGGGAUCCAGGGCAUCGAGUACGCGAUUAACAACGGCGCGAAGAUCUCCUCGAAUUCCUGGGGUGCCGACUCCGCGGGGUUCGUCGUGUGGAUGGCGUUUGCGAACAUGCUGGACGCGGCAAAGGAGACGGGCCAUUUGUUCAUCGGCGCGAGCGGCAACAGCGGGUGGGAUUUGGACGGUACGAGCAACAUUCCCUGCUCUUUGCCGAACGAGAAUUUGAUUUGCGUCGCGGCGUCGACUUCCCAGGAUACCAUGGCGAGCUUCAGCAACUACGGUACCAUGCAGGUGGAUGUCGCGGCGCCCGGCACGAGCAUUCUCUCCACGACGCCCAACAACAACUACAUGUUUUUUUCCGGCACCAGCAUGGCGGCGCCCUUCGUCGCCGGGCAGGCCGCCCUGCUGUGGUCGUUUCGCCCGGAACUGACUUUCGCGCAAGUGAAACGGCUGAUCGAGCAGUCGGUGGACAAAAGUGGUGCUUUCAACAGUAUUGUUUCCGGGGGACGGAUCAACAUCGAGAAAAUGUUGGUACAGGCCAGGGAAGAAUUCCAGCAGAAAUUUCCGCCGGUUAGCUUGCCAAAUUUCUUGGAAUUCACGGACACGGACCCCCGGGUGGGCCACAUCGCCGGCGUCGCGAAAGUCCGGUUUGACACCAGUUUACCAAAUCUAAUUGAUGGAAAAGUCGAAGAUUUGCACUUCUACUUCUCGAGGACUGACGGAAGCUUGUUCCGGCCGAAGUUGGACACGACGGCAUAUAGUGUGAACGCCGCGGACACGUACGAAGCCACUGUCACCUUGUCCCCUUCUCUCGUCCCCAGAGAGGUGACCUCUUUGAUCGCGUUUGCGGCUAAUUCCACGGGCGAGAAUCCGCAGUCGAGCGCGAACAUUCCCUUGCAGGAUGUCGGCAUUCCGCAGCACAUCGCGAAGAAUUUUCGGCUCACCCCGGACUUGCACACGACGGCCGGGAAGGUGUCCUGCGAGGGGCUGUUUGAGGCCGCAGAAACCGAAUUUGACAUCACGGAGUAUCGCUUGUACCAGUACGAAUCUUCUGCCGCAGGACAGCAAGAGAAGGACAAGAAACGGGAUUUUGUCACGUCUUUACCGGCGAAAGGGUUUUUCCCGCCGCAGUGUCAGGGCGACGCGUGUAGUGACAUCCGUGUGGAGAAAGUUACGGACACCGACCCGAAUGCGCCAGCCGGGAAGACGUUCGGCUACAGGGUGAAGCUACGACCAAGCUCCGGUAGUUACGAAGUGGAUAAAUACGCGACGAUCACGGUGGUCGGCCCGGCGGAGAUCACGUUUCAGUUUUUGGAUGUGGAAGAAGGCUACGACUACUUGGAAUUUUCCACCGCGGGAGUCGUUGUCACGGGCAGCGGGAAACUGCCGAAUCCGAUCGCGAUCCCCCCCGGGCAGCACUCGAUUAAAUGGGAGUCAGAUGAGUCGAUCACGGGGGAAGGGUGGGAAUUUCUGAUCAAAACCGAUUUGUCCUACACCUUCCCCAUCGAGAUCGAGAGUCUCACCUCGGAUAGAAUCGACAGCCUGUACUUGGUCGCUGCCUACAACGGCAACGAAGCGGACGUGGGGGUCAUCGCGGCGCUAGUUGACGACAAAUCUGGCGGGAACGCCGGUGGCGGCAAACCGCCGGACUCGUGGCCCGAGUACGUGAUUUUUGCGGAUAAAAAUCCGGAAUUGGCGCUGUUUUCCGGCGAUGUUGAGAUCAAAUUCGACGUAGCGACCGACCCGUCCGUCACGAGGUUCAAAGCGGUCAUCGUGCGCAAGGAGCUGGAGCCGGGCGUCGCGGUUUCGGCAUUUGAUAUCCAAGCGAACAUCAGAUCCAGCCCCUUCCCGGAAACGGAAGUGCAAGAUUUGGGAGAAACGACCGCCACGACCGGCGCGAAUAAAAUCUCCAUCAAUAACGUCGAUUUCCGGAACGAAAACACCAACAACCUUUGGAUUAAAGUGACCAACGGCAACGAGUUUGCGUUCUCGACGCACGGGUUUUACUUGCCGCUGAACGACGUGCACGCCUUACCGCUCCUGACGGCGAAGUUCCAGGGGGACCUCGAUUCUGAUAUUGGCGAAGUCAGCGGGGAUGUGUCUAUGGCGCCUCCGAACUACGCGAUGGGGUUGACGGGUUUCAAAGCGUAUUUUGCGACCGCCGCGGCUGGGGCGACAACCGAUGAGCUUUUCAGCCGUAUCAACCUCCCGAUCGUGUGUCCGCCGCAACUGUCCAAUGCGGACCAGAAACUCGACCCGCUGAACCAAUUUGCGAAGAUGCCGUGCGCGACCCCCUGGGGACCCCGGUGCCUCGGCGUGAGUUGCAGAGACAUCCAGAUUGUGCAGGACGGGGAGACAUUUUUGGUUUCCCGGUCCGCCGCUGGGGAGUACGGAAACAACGAAGAAGCUAAGAUCUACUUCGCGUACGGGGGGGAGUUGGAGGUGAUUGCGAUGGACGUGGAGUUGAUGUUCGACACGUUGCUCGCGAAGUGGCGAGGCUUUUCCGGCGGCGCGGGGGCGAACCCGACGCCCGGAUUGGACUUAGCUUACUUAGACGUCGGCGAUAAGCUCGAAGUCGACGGGGGAACACGCGAAUCCUACCUGCACUGGAAGACCGACGCGACGCUCGGGAAGUCGGGGUGGGCUCUCCGGUACCGACCGGCCUACCCGAAAGUGACGAUCCCGAUGGACACGAAGAUGCCGGUGGGGGCGACAGGGCUCAGGAUCGUCCCGGUGUACCACGGCUAUGGGGAAAAUCUCGGCAAUGCGCCCGCAGUUCCUGCCAGCGAUGAGCACCAACAGGGCGAUCAAGUUGCAGCUGCGUAUGACAGUACUUCUAGCACAACCACGAUGAAUAAUUAUCUCCAGCAAGACAGCAAAAACGAGUUUGAGGGCGGGAUCGCCAGUCACUACUUCACGGCGGUGGACGAUUGGGUGCGGUCCGAAGCGACCUGCUUCCCGGACCGAAUCCGCUGCCCCAUCCCCGCGGCCUGGGCUGCCUUCCCCUAUGUGCCGCCGAAACCGCAAGACAGCGCGAACGACUGUGAGAUGAAGCAGGAGGACGGUGGCAUUGGGGCUUACUUCGAGUUCCCAAAGGGGCAGUGCGGCGCGACGCGGACGUUUGACGUGGCCAGAGGCUUGGUGGUCGACAGUGUGUUGCUAGUCGCCAACGCCGUGGACACCAUCGACCCGGUGGAGGUCGAGGAGCAGAGCCACGAAUUCUCGACGGUGUUGGAGUUUUUAGACGAGCAACCAAAGCAACCCGCCGAGCUCCCGCCCGAUAUCACGUGCACCUGCGAGGGGCCGUUGACCGCGUCCGCGACGCUUGGGGUCUCGAUCGAGGAGGCCACGGCGCCCCCGCCGGUCCAGGCGGCGGCGAUCGAUUUGGUGGGCAGAUCGGAGAUGCGGGCGUCGAUGCGACUGUUUCAAGACCCGUCCUUUGUGCAGAGUCUGGAUUCGGGGGACUGGGUUCCGCAGGCGACGGAACUGUUCUACAUCGAGGCCGGCGUGGAGUACGUGGGGAACCACAUCUCGGUGCGCUCCUGUCGCGCGGCCAGAACGGCUGCGGCGUUGAUGGAUACACCAGGAACGACCCCACCACCAACAACUCCAAAUGACGAGCCGGUCACCAUUUUGGACAACUACUGCCCAGUGGAGGUGUUCAACGUGAAAUACCACGCUACGCCGACUGGAAUUACCCACUUGGACAGGCUCACAUUCCGGAAGUUUCGCUUCAAGGGGCAGAAUGAAGUUUUUCUGCAGUGCGAGGUGGAAGCGUGUGAAGCGAAGCCCUGUGGCGCGUGCGGGUCUGCGACGCCGAUAGUACAAGAGCCGGCAACAUCAAAUGAUCCACCAGCGAUGAGGACGCGUUUCAGGCGGUUCUUGGGUUUCUUGGCCGGGAACAAGGAUGAAGUAGCAGCAGAAAUAAAACCGAAAGAACUACACCGUUCCCUAACCGGGGCAGGUAGAACUUCUGUUGCGAGAACCGUUCCGUUUAUCGUGAAGAUCACUCCGGACGACAAUAUCGCCAUGAACUACGAGAACGAGAAAAAUCAGCCAGACUGGUUGAACCAACAAGCUGGUCAACAGCAGCAAAACCCGCCAGCGCUUCCGAAGUUAGAAGCCACCUGGACCGCGCCUGCCGAUCCGGAGCUGGACAACAUUAACCAGCCCGGUGAAGAGCCGACGCACGACGUGAUGAGUUCCCGCAUGACGCUGACCGGGUUGGACCCGGCCUGGGCGGCGAAAAAUGUCCGGUCUUUGGAGGACACGUUGAAGCGAACUUUAGAUCUGAAGGAGGGGGAGAAGGUGCGGGUGAAGUCCGUGGGGCGGGAGCAAGUAUCGUCGACGAUAUCUUCUAGUAGUACCAGACAGCUGCUCGUUAGUGGUGCCCCGCGUAGACUGGCUACGCCGACUGGCGGAGCGGCUGCAAAAACAAAUACAGGAAGCAGCACAACUUCGAGGACUGAAGAGGUUGUUUACCAGGACUUGAACACCUUAAUCGCUAACAUGCAGCCGAACGACAAGAAUCUCGGUCCCGCGACACCUGUUGAUGAAAACAACCGCCCGAACUGGUUUGUGAAUUUAGUCGAAACGGAGAAGCAACUGCGGGAAGACCAGGGCGCGAAGACGGGCGGUAUCGUGGUCACGAGUAAACCGGGCGUCAAGCCGGUUGAAGAUACUGUGGGCGCGAAUGCCGAAUUGGCCGCACCAACUGCAGGAGCUGCCGCAGCUACGGCUGCUGUUACUGCGCCGGGAGGAGCUGCUGCUGUUGAGAGCAAUUUGGCCAAACCGCCUAAUCCUGGGACGGAGCAAGGGGAGGUUGUCGGCGGCGCGCCUUCCCCGAGCCUCUUGUCGCGAGGAAAUGGCAACGCCGUUGCACCACCAGCUUCUUCGUCGCCCUCCGCUCCGCCCGUUGAGGAGCACCAGGUCGGGAUUGGGAUGGGCGCUGCGUCAACAGCGCCGAAAGUAGAGCCAAGCCUGGUCGUCAACAGCAAUAAACCAAAUAAUCGCCCACCACUUGCGACCUGGGCCCCAAAAAGCGUGCUCUUCGACACUUUGGACGAUUACCAAAAAGCGAUGCAGCAGUCCGCGGGACAGAAGCCGCCAGCGGAUAGCGAGCCGCAGAGACCCUCCUGGUUCACCAAUUUGGUGUCCACGGAAAAACAACUCCGGAAGGAAGAGGGGGGAAACCUGCGGGGAAUCAUCGUGACCGAUCCGCCUGCUGUUGCUGGGGCGCAUGACGAGAAUAGAAGAUUGUUGAUGUCGGCACAUCAGUUGGAGUUGUCUGCGAAAGCAACACACUUAUCUACUCGCCGUGCAAACAGACACAACAGAUCCGGCGUCGUCCAAAAAUCCCCAACUGCAGUUGCCCUGAAACGCCACUUGUUGACGGAGAAUCGCAACAAGGCGCAAGCCCUCGUUGCCAGAAUUAUCUCUAGUCAGCAAGUGGAAAAUCAAAAUGCAAACUCGCGCCGGCACAUGCAAAGCCAGGGCUCUUUGGAGCAGGUCAGCAUCGACUUCGAGGUGUAUUUGCUGAAGUCGUCCGCGACUCCAUCGGGCAGUGGGGCCGCGUCAACUUCAGCUACCUCUUCCAGCAAUCGUGGUGCUUUGUUAGAAACGAAGAUGUCGCUGCUGGCCUCCGGUGGCCCGACGAUCACGAGCACGUUCGUCCAGACUUUGGACGAGGAGCUCACUUCUCGCGGGGAGACCCCAGUCCGGCUAGAACCAGCACGGAUCGUGUUCCGCGAGCCAGUCCGGAUGACGGGGGACAUGACCUUUGGGGCGACACCGAGCGAAAUUCAGCAGUUGCAAAAUGCGCAAAUAAUUGCGGCGAGUGGCACUGCGACAACGGGUAGUUCCUCCGAAGAGGAAUCUUCGUCGGGCGGGGGCGCGAAGUCCAGCAUUUUCGGCUUCAUCGACGACAUCACAGCGUUCAUCAUCAUGGGCGCAGUCGCGGGCGCGUUCGCAAUUCUCUUCGUCUUCGCGGUUUGCUACAGAAAAGGGCCGUCUUCUGGCGUCAGUACGGAAAUAGCGAAAGAUGACGCUGAAAAUCAAACCCCAUCGAAACCGCAGAAAGGUCGUGGCAUGGUUGCGCCAGAGUUGGCGAAGAAUCUGCAAGAGAAACUCCGGAAGCACUCGGUCGUGAGUUCGGCUGGUGAUGCCAGUACCAAAGCCGCGUCUAGUGUCGACGAUGGGACGAGCACGGAGUCAAUUCCUACGACGCCGGGAACUUCCAAGGAAAAGCAAAAAGCUUCUAGUUCCUCUAUUUCAAAGCGAUCUGCAAAUAAAAUCGCGAAGGACCUCAAUGUGAACUUAACGAGGCUGAAGUUUGAGGAGGACGAAAACUUCAGUAAUAAACCGCUGAACCCCACCACCGCGUUACCAGGCGUCUCCCCGAAGGUGAAACUCACGUUAACCAACGAAUCUGGUGCGCAUCUGGUCAUCGAAUCAGACGAAAUCGACGAAACCCUGCAGUCGAAGGAGUUGCAGAGGGUCGUGCGGAGGUUUUCGAGUAACACGGUCCCGGGUUUAGUACCAAACAGCCGGGGUUUGAAAAGGAGUUUAACAGGGUCCUCGUCCGGAAGAACCGUUAGCCCUGGGGAUGUCGAAUUCUCGGGAGACGAUGGCACCGCGUCGGUUGCGUCAAAGCAAACCUUCGCUUCUGCGGUGUCCACCUCGACAAAUCGCAGAGCACAAAUGAAGUCGCUGGGAAAGAUCAGCGACUACGCGCCGACAAGUUUGAGCUCCUUCAACACGAAUAAAACUUCGCCCGGGGGGAAGAAAAAGUCAUCAUCUACUACGGGCUCGACCUCAAGCAGGAAAAUCUCUUCGGCGGUAAGUUCCUCUCCAACGAAUUAUGCAGGUGGUGGUAAUCAGUCCACGAGAACGCCGACCUCAAAUUCCUCGAACGAGUCGUCGACCAGAUAUGGCGGGAAGCGAUGAGUAUGCUGAUGCCGUGCAGGCAAUUGUAUUGGAGCUUCGACUUUUCAUCUGAAACAAACAACCAAAACCAUACUCAAACUAAUGCAUCUACCCGACGCUGAAAGAAGCGUUAGGAGUCAUCCCAGCAGUCCUUUGAGAACCUCAUGCUGAACCAAGCAUCGGUGGUCGAGCAUGCCUGUACAUCCAUUCUUGGCUUUUUCAAGACAUAAGACAUGCUUCGUCGAUUGUAAAACUUCUUACUGGGCCCGAUAAACGAAGAAUGAUCCCCAUGUUACCCACCACGACUCUGCUAAAGCAACUCUUCUGAAAUAAGCAACGACGGAAAUAUUAAUGGUUGCAUGCGUGAUGUGCAUGCCAGAGCUUUUGAUCUUCUUCUUUCCCCAAACGAAGAACUUCCGGAACUCUUCAUAUGAGCAACCUAAAGGAGAAGUAGAGCCGGGAUUUCAUCUUGCCAAUGGUUUUCCUACGUGUGGCCAUGGUCUAAGUACUUCUUACAGUUGUUUUCUCCACUACACAACCUUUUCUCCAAAAAUUCCGCCUUUUCGGUGACUAGUUUUAUCAGUCCGAAGCUUGUCAGUACAGUUGUUGAAAAACAAAAAUGUCUACAGCUCCGUAGUACAAAAAGAAAACUUGUCUUUCUAGCAUUAGAGCUUGCUAUUGUACCAUAAUUUUCGUCUGAAUGAGUUCUUGAAGAUCUUCCUCUUCCGAACAGGUGGAGGAAGAUGCUAUUUGAUCUAUCUGAGUCAGUGUCAGAUAACCUGCCAACAUAACGGUAAUUACUUGUACAAGACUUUCGUGAGAUAUCGAACUGAGUACUUUGAUAGGAAGAAUGAAUAGCUUGCUUCUUGUAGUCCAUCUUGUCGCCCACCAGCAUGGUAGAACUUGAACUAUUAUUUUCCACGCGUGUUCUGCAAAAGAAAGUGGAAGAGGAGCAGACGCAGACCAAGAUCAUUGUCGGUUACCGCUCUCACAAGCAGUCUCGCGCAGUAAAAGCGGGGCGCCCUUCUAGGUCCUACGCAAAGGUCUCGGGGUCUAUAAUGGCCAGACAAAAUUUUCUUAAGUGAGUUGGGGUUGGCACAUUGUCACCAGCAUCGUGAAUGGGCUCGGCGGGAUUGAAAAAGAAAAACAUCGUCAUGACCACUUUCGCCCGCCUGCACCUUACAGAAAAAGGAUGAGCCCACGUGGACCCCUGGUAGUUCUAGUAAGCAUGUCCCUCUCUUUUGUUCUUGAUAGAACCGUUCUCAUCUGAGGCAGUACUUAACAGUAUCGAAACGACCAGUUUUUUAUUUUUCCUUUGUUGGUGGAGACCACGACUUUACAACAUUAAAGAUAGUUAGAGCACAGCUGCUACAGCUUCACCCAUCGCGCAGCGUGCGAGGAACUUUUUCAUGGGCUGUCUUGCAGCAAAGCCGCAACAAGGUGACGAAGGUAGUCCUUCUGCCACAACUGGUGCCGCGCCCCUCGUGACCGCGCCGCCCGGUCCAGCUGCCGCAACGUAUUCGUAUUCGCAGCAGCAACAGGAUGCGACGGUAAAAAUCCAGGCGCGCGCAAGAGGUGUGCAGGCGAGAAGGCAAGCCGCGCGGGAAAAGGGAAGGCGAGCUGCGGCGGAGAACAGACAGAGAGGAAAUGCUGAAGCUUUUGUCACCAACUUUCUGUAGAUGACGGAUCAGAUGACGAAGUAGAUUAACUAUACAACAAAGAGAACAUCAGAUGUAAAAGAGAGGUGCUGAAUGCGAUGAAUGGAACAGAGAACGAGAAGAUCUGUUUCACGACUGCUGCUAGCGAUUACAUCUUCACGUUGGCGAUGCAGAUCCUGCUCCCUAUGUCGUACAUUUUCAACUGAGGCGUUCUUGCGGAUCUUCUACUUCUUCAACAAGAAAACCAGCACAGUUCAAUAUCAUUGUUCCGCCAUGAUGUUGAUGCAUUACUAGCGAAUCUGCGUCCGCCGUAUGAUCCACUACGGAAAACAAGAUCCACCUGGUUACGUUCUUUCUGUUCCAGCGCGGUGAGAUCUGAUGCAGUUAAGUAGUUGUCAUGAUUGUCGAACAGC